AGGGUGUAAAAACCUUAUUCCGUGUCAAUGACUAAAUGAAAUUAAUUUUCUUAUUUUCUUUCUCGCCUAACACUUAAACAUGUUUGUGUACUAGAAUAGAAUGAAACAAAUAAUCGUAUUUAAAUAGUAGUUCGAUGAAUGGAUAAACAAUAACAUUUAGCCUAGCCAUAGUCAUAGUAGCCAUAGCGAAUGCAUCGCCGGUUGGCUGUGUUGGUUUCGUUUGAUUGGUCUUAUUUCACGAUUUACGGUGUGACCUCGGUUAUUCGUAUUAUACUGAGAUAAGGCAGUGCAAUGUGCUAAUACAGGUUAUUACUUUUCAACGCCAAUGAAAAAAACCAAAUUAAGAAUGAAGGAGCAGCGCUCGGAUUUAUGCUCCCAAUAUAUAAAAAUAUUAAUUGUAGUUUCUUGCUAUUGGAUAAUAUCAAUAGUCACAGUUUUUGUAAACAAAGCUCUCCUGAGCGGCCAGGCUGUGCCUCUGGAAGCACCACUGUUCAUCACAUGGUUCCAAUGCAUCAUUUCAUUCAUAAUCUGCUCAAGUUUGAGCAAAACUGGAGGCAUCCCAGGAGUAUUUGCAUUUCCUAAGGGCUCACCUUGGAAUUUGGAUGUAGUGAAAAAGGUAAUCCCCCUAUCAAUAAUGUUCACACUGAUGAUAGCGACCAACAACCUCUGCCUGAAGUAUGUAGAGGUCUCAUUUUACUACAUCGGGCGGUCUCUAACUACAGUAUUCAAUGUUUUACUGACAUGGGUCCUGCUUGGGCAGGCCACCUCGUCGCGGUGUGUUAUGUGCUGCGCUUUCAUCAUCUUCGGGUUCUACCUUGGUGUAGAUCAGGAGAAUUUGUUAGGUUCCUUCUCUCCCAUCGGUACAAUAUACGGAGUCGUCGGCUCACUGAUGCUCUCUCUAUAUUCAAUUUACACCAAGAAAGUGUUACCGCAUGUCAGCCAAGAAGUAUGGUUGCUUUCUUACUAUAACAACGCGUACUCUAUCAUUCUCUUUCUCCCUCUAAUGGUGAUGAAUGGUGAGCUGCAGGCAUUAAGGAACUAUACGAACUUCGGCAGCACAUAUUUUUGGGUACAGAUGGUCAUAGGUGGCAUCUGUGGAUUUGCUAUUGGAUAUGUCACAUCUCUUCAAAUAAAGGUGACAUCACCCCUUACACACAACAUAUCAGGCACAGCCAAGGCCUGUGCGCAAACUGUCAUGGCGACCCAGUGGUACAGCGAGACUAAGAACACAUUAUGGUGGUCCUCGAACAUCAUAGUACUAGCCAGUAGUGCAUUAUACGCUCGAUUCAAGCAACUUGAAAUGGAGGAACAUUCCAGAAAACCAGUGCCCGAAGAGAGGAAGACGUUAGUGUAAUUAAAUCAAGACUGAUGAUGUGAUGAUGUAUGUUCGUUCAUGUUGUAAUUUUAUUACAUAAUUGAUUCAUAUCAUAAUAAAUUAAGUGCAAUUAGAUGUACUUAGGUUAGUUUCGGUGAUCUGAAAAGUUAGCAGUGAAAAUGUUGGACGAAUAAGGCGCAUUUACUGCCGGCCAUUUAACAUGACCAGUGUAAACGCGUCCUUGCAACUAUCCUCAGAUAACCAAACUUAAUACUAAGAGAGACGAAUAAACCAAGAAGAGGGACAAUGUCUAUACAAAAUCUCGUUUCUCCAAUAUUCAACGCCAUCUAUUGAAUGGAAGUUAAGUUAUUUUGACCUUAAACCUUUGAUCAAAAUAACUUCAAUCACUUCGCCGAACGAGGUGGACGGAACGGAAACCUGCUUCAAAAUAACUCAACUUAAGCCUUCAAGAGAUUCGACACAUACCACAGUGACUUGAAUGGCCUAGUGCAGUGGUUCCCAAAGUUGACUGGGCUCCGACCCACCUAGCAAAAAUUGCGAAAUUCGGGACCCACCUCUGGCCGUCUUAAAUAGAGAGCAUGAAUUUAUACCGGCUGUUAUAAACCCGGUCGGUCGGCAUGCCGUCUUAUGUUUCAGGGCCUACUCAAAUUUCGCUAGCGACCCACCGAUGGGUCAGGACCCAUAGUUUGGGAAAUGCUGGCCUUAGUGGUUAAGGCAUCUGCCCGAUCUGCCGCGAAUGCAGAAGACGCUGGUUCAGUCCCAGCCCUGGGCACUGGAGGCACUUUUGUUGAUUUGACAUCUAUUUUAGUUUAUAACUCAACUUCCGCUUAGGCGCUUCGGAACCCGCCGAACACGAAACCAAGAGAUCUGAGCGCUGAACAAAGAAAACCGGACAAGUGCGAGUCGGACUCGCCCACCGAGGGUGCCGUACUUUUUAGUAUUUGUUGUUAUAUCGGCAACAGAAAUACAUCAUCAGUGAAAAUGUCAACUGUCUAGCUAUCACGAUUCAUGAAGAUACACAGACAGACAGACAAACGAACAGUGGAGUCUUAGUAAUAGGGUCCCGUUUUUACCCUUUGGGUACGGAACCCUAAAAAUAGUUGUUCCUGAGACCAUGCUGCCAUCUGGCAAUAUCCUGAACUUUAGAGGAACGCGAUUUUGUGUAGACUUGUCAGUGUUUUUGUUUUGUUCGUCCAUGCCAUGGUGUCGCCAAACAUCUGUACAAGUGCAUUGGGUACCACGGUUUUACCAAUAAGGUAAUCACAUGCUUUUAUUCUGUCUUGGACCUAUAUACAGAUUCCCUUAGGUCACUUGCACCAUUCACUAAACUGGGGUUAACCGGUACAAUCUGACCAUGGUUACCAGUACAAUUUGACGCUGGGUUAACGGUUUAACCGGUUAACCCCGGGUUAGUGGGAUGGUGCAAGUGGCGCUUAGUAAUUUAGAUAAAUGUUUCCUAAUCCGGCGGUAUUUACGUUUAGAAACGACAUUGUAUGCUUCAUAUGGAUCUGUGGUGUGAUCAUAAAGUUCCAAACCGUACAGUUUAUUCCAGUCUUUUGUAAAAAGCGUAUGAUUAAACGAAACCCAUUCUGU